AUGAUACGACAUCUGAGACGUGUCACGGUCUUAAAGAUAAGGAUACCCCGGAGUUUCAAGUUCUCCCACGACGCGUCGUUCUCGCAUCAGUCUUCGCAGCUAGCGAAGCUACAACACAAGAGAAUCACUUCAGUGCUCGAAGGGUUGCCGUUGAUAUCGCAACAUAUUGAUGAGAAUGAAGUCUCCGAUUUGUUGAAGUUGCUGGGAUAUGUGGCUUGGGGCUCGCAACAGGCGAAUUUGUUGGUGAAGCGCAUUGUUCAACGACUGAAGAUUCAGGCUCCCGACAAACUGCUUUCUCCCAGCGACAUGAACGCUUUCUAUUCCACAUGGCUUCCAAUGAUAGAUGACAAACUUGUUGGUGAACUAGAAUCUCUGGGCUCAAAUUCCACCGCUGUGAAUCUACUCAUUCAUGCCCACAUCGUCAGAAAGGAGUACGGAAAGGCUGUCAAAUUGGUAAACGAGGCUGCUAUUUUACCCGAGAUUAAACUGGACAGAUUCCCAUGUGAGUUGCUUCUACACCAUCUGUCGUACACAGACAGAUUUGAUUGUGUCAGCCAAAUUGUGAAGAACGUUGCCCCCUAUCAUAUACUGAGUUCGCAGACUUUGGCACGUAUCUUCACUCAGGCGGUGCGAAAGCGAAAGACUAGGUUGUGUUUCUGGAUGCUGAAACAUCUCCAACACAAAGACGAAGCUUCCGAUUUUGAAGUUCCAUUCAGUCCGGCAAUGGAGCUCGCAAGUCAAUGUUCAUAUACUGGUAAUAGACCUCUUUUGAGGAUGGUGUGGCAUUCUUUGAAGUUGAAAGAGAGGCUCGGGGAUACUGAAGAGUAUCAUCGUUUGGAUCGCACUUUUCGUGUAUACGAGGUAGAGGCCCUUUCCAGAAGAGAAGGCUCCAUCUAUGCUCUGCGAAACUUCGACUCGUUGCUCAAAGACUACGAUUCUUCGCUGAGUGUUCUUGACUUUCCAAUGACGGUUGCCAAGCUGGAUAGCGAGCUGCCUUUGGUAGCGAUUUCCGAUCUCAUAAAACGAAAAAGUUCGGCGGACCAGGUUUCGAUAACCGUGAUGAAUAUUUUCCUCUACAAGCUGACUGAGGCUGGUCGACAGGGCGAUGCGUUCUCGCUUGCUGGAGCUCUUCUCAACCAUCUCAAUGACGAAUCCAAAAUGUACCUUAUACGCUCUCUACAGCGAACCCCCAACCCACUCAACGCUGCCAAAAUGACCACUAUGAUCACCUCAGAUACCUCAUAUAAGAUAAAGCUGAUGGCUUUACGAGUGCUCUUACCAACCACUCAGUACGAUUUGAGCUAUGGCAUCCUUGAUACCUUCAAGAGCCACUCCCAAAAGCUACCGAAGGCGUUGUUUGGUGAGCUGGUAGUGAGAUGCCAAAAUGACCAUUCCAAUGCAUACGAACAGUACGAAUCGCUGUGUAUAUAA